AUGAAUUAUAUAAAGAAUGACUUACCUGAUGUUGAUAAUUUUACAAGUGAAGAAAAUGAUAAUUUAUCACUUCAAAAAGGACAAAUAUUUGAAACUUUCGAAGAAGUAGAGAAAUAUUUGCUGCAAUAUUGUGAGCAAAAAGGUUUUGAAUAUCGUAAAAGAAGAGUUGAUUAUGAUGAUAAUAAUGUCAUUCGUAAACGUAUUUAUGAAUAUACUAAAGCAGCUCAAUACCAACCAAGAAAAGCUAAUGAUCCUGAAAAACAUCGUCAAAGAAAUUCUGGAUCAAUUGGUUGUCUAUGGCAUGUAAAUAUAACCUGUCCAAAAUCAACUAAAAUUAUCAAAAUUUCUACAAUAGUUGAUGAAUACAACCAUCCAUUGAAUUCAAAUAUUAAGAUUCAUGGAGUUCAAUUUCGUAAGUUUUCAGAAGAAAUGAAAUCUAAUAUAUUGGAGUACCUUUCUGCAGUUCCAACUAUGGGAACUCGAAUUAUAUAUCAAUUAUUAAAAGUUAGGAGAUAUAAGAGAAUAAAAGAAAAAGAUGAUGAUGAAAAUAUGUUACAAGAAUUUUAUAACCUACAAAAAGAAGAUCCAGGUUGGGUAAUUGAAACACGUAUAGUUGGAGAAGAUUUUCGUUUAGGAAAUAAAAACUUGGUUAUAGUUGUAGCUAUCAAUGCAAAAUUGCCUAAUACUCAUCAUUGUAUUUGUCUUUUUUAUUUGAAUCAAAAUUUUAUAAAACAAUUAAAAGGACAACUUCCAGAAGAAUUUACUUCUUGUUAUCAAUUAUUCAUUAAAACUCAAAAUA